ACACACCUCAUGCUGUGCUUAUAUGCCUAUCUGUGUGUGUGAGUGUGUGUGUAUGAGUGAGACUAAGGAACCAGAGCAGCACUCACCUCGGCUACCUCUGGGGACGUCUCUGUCUGUGGGCUCUGUCUUUGCUGAAAAGGCCUGGAGGGGUUCCCAGCAGUGGAGUGACUGAAUGCAGGGGAACUGGCACCUUAUUCACGGAGCAGUGCAGGCAAACCAACCCAGACACACCUCUCACUGGAGAGAGGGAGAGAGGGAGAGGGAGAGGGAGAGGGAGAGAGGGAGAGGGAGAGUGUGUUCUUGUGAAGGAAGAAUGAUAGAGACAUUGAGAGGUGUGUGCGCACUGCUAUGGAUUGUUUCACUGGGGGAGUGUAAGAUUCCAGAAUUCCAAGUGACCUGUGUGUUCUCGAAGGACUGCGUGCUGCCCUGCACGUUCACUCCUGCUCACAACGUGGUCAUACGCUGGUACAGGCAGGAUGUGCUCUUACACUUCUUCCUGUCAUCAGAGGGCCAAUGGGACGAGAGCAGCAGGAUGUCCUUCUUCAAAGACCAAGUUACCCAUGGAAACGCCUCUCUCCUCUUGCAACACAGCUCUCCAGCAGACAGGGGACGCUACAAGUGUCAGGUCAACUCUACAGGAGAUGAGGACGGAUCCAUAGUUAUUGUUAAAGUGGAGGCUCCUAUCACCGAUGUCAGCAUCAGAUUAACCCCAGACAAACACAUCCAGUGCCAAACCAAAGGGGUGUACCCCGCUCCCUCCCUGCACUGGGCGACGGACCCACCCUCACCGCCCUCCCUGCUCCACAGCUCCAUGCGGAUGACCUCUGACCCCCACGGGCUUCAUGACGUCGAGAGCACGCUGACGAGACGACCGGCGCAGAUCACAUACAUCUGCAACAUUAAAGCCAAGUACUCAACACAGCUGUGGAGGGCAACACUGAUGGAGCAAGCAGAUACUAUGGGCCAGUCUGGCAGAAGUCUGCUGGUCCCCUGUGUGGCUCCAAAGCCGCUCCAGAUUUUCACGCUCUCCUGGAGCUUCAGCCGAGGCCACGACACCAGCGUCCUCCUGACGUAUGACAGCCGCACGCGCCGGACCAGCGGCCCAUGGAAGGGCAGAGUGGAGCUGGACCAGGAGCAGGUGCUGCUGGGAAACGGAUCUCUCCACCUGCUGAGCCCAGAGAGUGGGGAGAACACGGGCAGCUACACCUGCACCUUCUCUGCCCUCCAGACCAGACAUGUGGUCCAAACAUGGGUCAAUAUUACAGGACCACAGACAGCGCCUAGCACCGGCCAUAAGGAGUCGGACCUGUGGAUCAUCGCCGUGGUUGUGGCUCUACUGGCCCUCCUGAUCACUGCAGUGCUGAUCUGCAAGAGACGGAGAGCUCGCUCAGAGCAGAAAAACAGGGUGACUGAGGACACAGAGAUGCAACCCAUGCAGACAGUGAAGCCUGUGAGUGAGUCAACAGUCGAGGCCAGUCGCCUUACAGCGGACCAGAAGGACACUCACACCUAAUCCUGGAAAAGGCUGAAUUUUAUUUAAAAUAAGAGGAUCCCAGAAAUCUCAGAUAAAAGGUCAUGGGCUUACCAAGGUCUCCCAGCAUUGUCCACCUUUUGGGAUUCAAUGUACUCUCCUGAGCAAAUGGGUUCCUCAAAGUUUUCAAAAUGUCAGUAAGGAGUUGAAGUGUAUGGUUCUCUUUGAAGAAGCUAGAGAUUGGGAAAUGUGGGAAAGUGUUUGAGAGGUUUUCUUAUUAGAAUCAUAUCUUUAUGCACAAGAACCCUUGAGUUUCAUGCCAAACUUGAAUGUUCUAGAAAAGAGAAGAGAUUGAUGCUUUAGGGGUUUAGGGACCAGAGCCUGUGUCCCAACUAAAUAAAUCAACAGCACUGAAGUCUAGAGUGUUAUGUUUUCUUCACUUUAGUUGCCUCAUAGCCUGACAAAUAAAAGGAAACGCAUCGAUCUGAAGUUCAUUGAAGUGUAUUGAUGUCUGGAGUACUGUUAUUCUUUGUACCAGAUGUUUUAUAAUCUGAGAAAUAAAAAACAAUGUAUUGUA